AUGGUGCUGCUGGCCGGGCCCGGGCCGGAGGGCGGCGGGGCGCGCCGCGUGUCCCCGCAGUCGCCGUCCCCACCCCGGGACGCGCAGGCCGGGGAGGACCCAGCUGACUUCGAGGAGUACGAGGACUUCUCGAGUCUGCCCGACACCCGCAGCAUCGCCUCGGACGACUCCUUCUACCCUUUUGGAGGCGAGGAGGAGUACAGCUCCGUGAGCGCGGAGAGCGUCCCGGAGGCCGUCCCGGAGGCGGCGACCCUCCUGCGCGCCGCCUGCGCCAACGAUGUGGGGCUGCUGAGGGCGCUGAUACGGCGGGGGCCCAGCGCCGAGGAGGUGCAGGAGACCGACCGCAACGGCCGGACCGGCCUCAUUGUCGCCUGCUACCACGGCUUUGUGGAUACUGUGGUGGUCUUAGCAGCCUGCCCCCACGUUGACGUCAACUGGCAGGACAGCGAGGGCAACACGGCCCUGAUCACGGCUGCACAGGCAGGGCACGUCACCAUCACCAACUACUUGUUGAACUAUUUCCCCGGCCUUGACCUUGAAAGGAGGAACGUGUUUGGGUUCACGGCCCUGAUGAAAGCCGCCAUGCAGGGCCGAACGGAGUGCAUCCGAGCCUUGAUGCUAGCAGGGGCAGAUGUCCACGCCAGGGACCCUCACCGCGGGAUGUCGUCCCAGGAGUGGGCUACUUACACGGGGCGGUUUGAAGCGGUCCACGUCAUCCAGAGGCUGCUGGAGCGACCCUGCCCAGAGCAGUUCGGGGAAACGUACAAGCCAGAGCUGCCGCUGACCCCCGAGGCAGCUCCGAAGGCUGCGGGCUCCAAGAACUGCUUGCAGAGGCUCGCCGGGUUUGUGCGGUCCGUGCUGACCUCCCGCGUGCGCUCGGGCCUGGAGGAUGGGGGCGUCCUGGACCACAUGGUCAGGAUGACCACGAGCCUCUAUAGCCCCGCCGUGGCCGUCGUCUGCCAGACCAUGUGCCCCGAGAACCCCCCCUGUGUGGGGAAAAGGCGGCUGGCGGUGCAGGAAAUCCUGGCGGCACGGGGGGACCCGGACACGCAAGCCCAAGAGAGGGACAGAGCGGAGGGCACCGGGCAGCGAUUCCGGACCUCCCGGGCCGCGGGGGUCUCCAGAGAGGGGGCCCCCAGAGCCAGCUCCACGCCUUCCCAGCGGCCAGCCGCCCCGCGGAAGGCCAGCCUGCUGUCCCUGCAGCUGCUGCGGCGGAGCAGCGUGCGGCCGGGCGCGGGCACCCCGAAGGUGCGCGUCAGCAAGGCGCCCGCGCCCACCUUCCAGCCCGAGCGGGCGGCCAAGGGCAACACCAAGGACAGCAGCCACCUGCAGCUCCCCAAGUGGCGGUACAAGGAGGCCAAGGAGGAAAGAAGGAAGGCGGAAGAGGCAGAGAAGCAGCGGCUGGCCAGGGCACAGAAGGAGAAGCGGGCACCGUCCUGGAGGAAAAGGACGUGA